AUCUUAAAUAUUAUAAAUUACUCUUUCAUUCUCGGCGAUGACGAUUUUGAUUAUCGGAUAAACAUUAAUCUUAAAAACCCAUUCAAAUUCCCAUCUUUGUCGGGGGAGAUUUCAAUAAUCUAGCGAAAUCCAGGAAUCAUACGUACUCACUUGCGAUUAUCUGUUUGUUUGUUCUAUUUUACCCUAUUUAUAGUUUUAUACAGACAGACAGACGUUGACUGUGGAUCAUUCGGAUUUUGAUAUCUAAUCUGGGUUUCAAUUCGGAAUGGUUGCUGGGAUGAUGAAGAAGUGGAGGCCAUGGCCGCCGAUAUCAUGCAAGAAGGUCGAAGCGAAGAUCAUCGUUAAUCAAAUGGAGGGUUUCUGUGUUUCAGAUAAGAAAAUGGAUCAGGAUUUGACUGCUAAUCGUCGUCUAUCUGUGGAGGUUAGAUGGAAAGGAUCGAAAGGAAAUGCUCUCAGAGCGCUGAGGAGGAGUGUUAGGAGGAACUUUACAAAGGAGGAGGCUUUGAGUGAAGACGGAACUGUCAAAUGGAAUGAAGAGUUCAUCAGUGCCUGUAACUUUUUAGGUCAAAAAGAAGAAGGAUCAUUUCAUCCAUGGGAGGUCGCUUUCACCGUUUUCAAAGGCUGUAAUGGAGGAGGAAGAGGGUCGAAGAAUAAGGUUGAAAUUGUCGCAAAUGCAUCUUUUAACCUUGCUGAAUUUGCUCCUCAAACAGAGCUCGAUAUUAAGAUCCCUCUUACAGUCUCAUCCAGCAGCAUGGUUGGCUGUAAUCCCAUUCUCUGCGUGAGUUUGUCGCUCAAUCUUUUGGAAUUAAGAGCUGCCUCUUCUUUGGAAGUUCCACCUAAUACGAUAAUGCCUGUUCCUUUUUCGCCCUCCUCUGAUGAAGCUUUACCUGCGCGAAAGCCCGAGUCUUCUGCUUUUAAAGUGGGGAUGAUGAAGAAGGUAAAGAUCUUCACAUGUUAUGGUGAAGAUGGCAGUGUCCAAAAUGAUGAUGACGAUAAUGAGAUCGUUGACCCAUUCGAUACAGAAUCUUUGGACAAUGAUCAAGAGGAUGAGGUAGCAAACGACAACUCUAACCUUCAGAUAGCAUCCAAUUGCAGACCAUUGGCGUAUAAGAACGUGGCAGAAGAUUUGUUUUAUUCAAACGCAAGCCACGUGGCUGCAGACUUGGUUUACUAUAGCAACCGCAGAUCUGAAACUGUUAGUACAAGUGUGAAUGAGUCUUUGUGGAUGAUUCCCAGGCGCAGACUUCUCCUUUGGAGAAAGAGAAAAUUAAGCUUCAAAUCGCCUGCAAUUGAAGGGGAGCCUUUGCUGAAAAAGCAAUUUGCAGAAGAGGGUGGCGACGACAUUGAUUUUGACCGUCGACAACUCACUUCCUCCCAUGAAUCAUCUUUCAUGCCUGAUGGAUUGCCCCACAACGAAUUUGGGGACGACUACUUUGCGGUUGGAAGAUGGGAGGACAAGGAAGUAAUUAGCCGAGACGGACAGCUGAAGCUUCAAACCCAAGUUUUCUUCGCAUCCAUCGACCAAAUGAGCGAGAAGGCAGCGGGGGAGAGUGCAUGCACAGUUCUGGUUGCCGUCAUUGCAGACUGGUUCCAAUCCAACCACAACCAAAUGCCUAUUAAAUCUCAGCUUGAUGGGCUAAUCCGAGAAGGCUCGUUGGAAUGGAGAAACCUCUGCGAGAACGAGACCUACAGAGAGAGGUUUCCCGACAGACACUUUGACCUCGACACUGUCCUCGAGGCCAAGAUCCGCCCUCUUCGUGUCGUCCCCGAGAAAUCUUUUAUCGGGUUCUUCCAUCCCGAAGGGAUCGAAGAGGAGGAAGGAAAAUUUGAUUUCCUAGACGGUGCCAUGUCUUUCGACGCCAUUUGGCAAGAGAUCAAUAGUCACGCGAUCGACGAUGGAGAACAUCGCGUCUACGUUAUAAGCUGGAAUGACCACUUUUUCUUAUUGAAGGUCGAUAACAAUGCUUACUAUAUACUCGAUACUCUGGGCGAGAGACUUCACGAGGGGUGUAACCAGGCGUAUGUUCUUAAAUUCGACAAAGAUACUAAAAUAGUCAGUCUUCCUGCCAAAGAAACAGAGUCACAACAGAACGUUGAAACAGAGGAUUCUAAAUCUGGGGAGGAGUCAGAAAACAGUAAGCCAGUAGAGGAGGAGAGGAUAGUGUGCAGUGGGAAAGAAUCGUGUGGAGAAUACAUAAAGUGUUUCCUGGCUGCAAUUCCUAUAAGGGAAUUGCAGGUCGAUAUAAAGAAGGGUUUGAUGUCUUCAACCCCUCUUCAUCAUCGGCUACAAAUUGAGUUCCAUCUGACUGAGCAGGAUCUAACCUUGGUUCAAUCAUCUUCAACAGUUGAAGCAAUUGGCGAGCCUUUGGCGUUGUCGGGAGAGGAAGUGUCGGGAGAGGAAAUGUCGGGAGAGGAAGUGUCGCGCAAGGUUUAAUAAAGUGCCGUUAAUAGGUCUAACCCUUUUUUUUUCUUUCUCAGUAUCGAACUAUGAGUAGUCCAAAGGACAAUUUAGCUAUAAACAAUAAUGUUAUAAACAAUCUUUUGCAUAUUGUACUUUUUUUGGAUGAAUAAUAAAUUAAUUCCCAAAAUAAUAAUCCAUUGAUAUUGAUUACCUUCAAACAUUUACCCUCAACAUUAUGAAGAUCUUAUUCUCUUUUAGUACUCACAAAGAGAGAUCUUGGUCACAUUGAUGGUGAUAAUUGAGUACAUAGAGAGAAA